CAAUGUCCUGUCGGCGCGCGGAGCAGAGCGCGAGCGGCCGUUCAGGUGAAGAGUCGUUACCGGGCGGGAGCGGCUCAGAGAGGCGGCUACUUACCGAAUAGUCUUCAAAUUUACUUUUCUAUUAAUAGGAGGACACGUUUCCCCGUCCGAGACUCAAAGGAACCACGUUCGAUCCCGCCGUCAGACGGGCCAGAUGAUUGGCAGCUGAUCCAGAGAGAGACAGACGGGUCCCCGUCUCCCUCCCAGGACCAUGGCGGUCGCCGCGACGAUGGGAAACGGCAGCAUCUCGUCCGACGGCGGCCUCCCCCUCUACCUGCUGACCUUCAACGGCUCCUGCGACUCCAACGAUUCUUUAUUCAACAAGUCCCUCUUCAACGACACGCUCUUCAACAACAACACCGCGGACGCGGCCGGCUUGUCCGGCGCCGACAUGGCCGGCGUGGCGAUCUCGCUCAUCUACAUCGUGGUGUGCGUGAUCGGUCUGGGCGGGAACACGCUGGUCAUCCACAUCGUGCUGCACUACUCCAAGACGGAGUCGGUCACCAACAUCUACAUCCUGAACCUGGCCAUCGCCGACGAGCUCUUCAUGCUGGGUCUGCCCUUCCUGGCCGCGCAGAACACGCUGCAGUCCUGGCCCUUCGGCUCCUUCAUGUGCCGCCUGGUCAUGACCGUGGACUCCAUCAACCAGUUCACCAGCAUCUUCUGCCUGACCGUGAUGAGCAUCGACCGCUACCUGGCCGUGGUGCACCCCAUCUACUCCUCCCGGUGGCGGCGGCCCCGCGUGGCCAAGGCGGUGAACGUCACGGUGUGGGCGCUGUCCUUCAUCGUGGUGCUCCCCGUGGUCAUCUUCGCCAACGUCGAGCAGGAGGGCGGCACCUGCAACAUCGCCUGGCCGCAGCCCGCCGAGAUCUGGCGGGCUGGCUUCAUCAUCUACACCUCCGCCGUGGGCUUCUUCUGCCCGCUGCUCAUCAUCUGCCUCUGCUACCUGCUCAUCGUCUUCAAGAUCCGCAGCUCGGGCAAGAAGGUGCACGCCACAUCCAGCAAGCGCAAGAAGUCGGAGCGCAAGGUGACGCGCAUGGUGGUGAUCGUGGUGGCGGUGUUCGUGUUCUGCUGGCUGCCCUUCUACGCGCUGAACAUCAUCAACCUGCUGGUGGUGCUGCCCUCGGAGUACCAGGGUCUGUACUACUUUGUGGUGGUGCUGGGCUACGCCAACAGCUGCGCCAACCCCAUAGUCUACGGCUUCCUGUCCGACAACUUCAAGCGGGGCUUCCGCAAGGCCCUCUGCCGCACCACCCGCAAGGUGGAGAGCCACGAGCCACUGCCGGGCGGAGGGCUCCUGCAGCAGCAGCAGCAGCAGCAGCUGCAGGAGGAGCAGAGGAGGGUGCUGAUGCCACGGGAGAGCCUGCGCAGGGUGAUCCGGGACGAGGGGGAGGAGGAGGACGACGACUGUGAGGAGAACAUCACGGAGAUGAGCGAGGUCUACAGGAUCUCCCAGGACGGCAACGGCUGCCUGCCGCCGCAGAGCUGCAAGACACUGGUCCCUGAGAAGGCGUCGGGGCCCGAGGCGUCGCCUCCGAGGGCGAACGACAGGGCUGGGGGCCCCAGUAGGAAGGACCAGUCUGGGGGGCCCAGUAGGAAGGACCAGUCUGGGGUUCCCAGUAGGAAGGAACAGGACCUUCUGAAUGGCACCAAAAAUGGAAGUGUGAAAACUCUGCCAGAAGAACCAGUGGACAGCAACCCUUCUCUGGAGAUCAGCUACCUCUAACGGGAACAGAAGCGGCCUUAGAAACGCUUAUUUUCUGACUUCACAGAAGUUAAUCACGAGAACAGACUGUUUGUGCGCCUGCACUUGGACAAAAGGAAGAAAAAUAAACUGAACCGACUAUUUGUGAGUUUUCAGGGUUGAGCUCGCUUUGUAAUUAAUGUUAUCGAACAAGAAUCAGAAUCCUCAGAUCAGUGAUUAUUUUUGUGUCAUAGUUAUUGUCUAAAGUGUUCUGUGGAGUUUGUUCAGAGUUAUGUUCAGCAGUCCGUGCAGUAAUCGCCAUGUGUUGUUAAUGAGUCGUGGCCGUUUAAGCGUGUGCCUUUCCUUUAAGUAAUCAGUGUUAUCUGUGUUCUUUAUGCACUGCUUGUACAUCGUAUGACAAUCACUUGUGUCAGAUAAGCUUCUGCAGCGAUCGGGCUCUCGGAGACCCAGCGGCUGUGAGACAGAGUUCUAAACAACCCCCCCAGAACCCUCUGAGACCCUGAACCCUCUGAGAC